CGCGCCUUUUCCUGCUGCUGUAGCCGUCGCCGUCCUUACCGUCGCCUGUUACCCUUCUUUGGUCUGUGGUGUAGCCGGGACCCAGGACCAUGUCGCUUUCACGCUCGGAGGAGAUGCACCGGCUCACGGAAAAUGUCUACAAGACCAUCAUGGAGCAGUUCAACCCCAGCCUCCGCAACUUCAUCGCCAUGGGGAAGAACUACGAGAAAGCACUGGCAGGUGUCACCUUCGCUGCCAAAGGCUAUUUCGAUGCUCUGGUGAAGAUGGGGGAGCUGGCCAGCGAGAGCCAGGGCUCCAAGGAACUUGGGGACGUCCUCUUCCAGAUGGCCGAAGUCCACCGGCAGAUCCAGAACCAGCUUGAAGAGACGCUGAAGUCUUUCCACAAUGAGCUGCUCACACAGCUGGAACAGAAGGUAGAGCUGGACUCCAGGUACCUGAGUGCUGCACUGAAGAAGUACCAGACGGAACAGAGGAGCAAAGGCGACGCCCUGGACAAGUGUCAGGCCGAGCUGAAGAAGCUCCGCAAGAAGAGCCAAGGGAGCAAGAACCCUCAGAAGUACUCGGACAAGGAGUUGCAGUACAUCGACGCCAUCAGCAACAAGCAGGGCGAGCUGGAGAACUACGUGUCUGACGGCUACAAGACAGCACUCACCGAGGAGCGCAGGAGGUUCUGCUUCCUGGUGGAAAAGCAAUGUGCUGUGGCCAAGAACUCCGCUGCUUACCACUCCAAGGGCAAGGAGUUGCUAGCUCAGAAGCUGCCUCUGUGGCAGCAAGCCUGUGCUGACCCCAACAAGAUUCCAGACCGUGCCGUCCAGCUGAUGCAGCAGAUAGCCAGCAGCAACGGCUCUAUCCUCCCUAGUUCCCUGUCAGCCUCCAAGUCCAACCUGGUCAUCUCAGACCCCAUUCCUGGAGCCAAACCCUUGCCAGUGCCACCUGAGCUGGCCCCGUUUGUGGGGCGGAUGUCUGCUCAGGAGAAUGUACCUGUCAUGAAUGGCGUCGCAGGCCCGGACAGCGAGGACUACAACCCCUGGGCUGACCGCAAGGCUGCCCAGCCCAAAUCCCUGUCUCCUCCGCAGUCUCAAAGCAAGCUGAGUGACUCGUAUUCCAACACACUCCCCGUGCGCAAGAGCGUGACCCCGAAGAACAGCUAUGCGACCACUGAGAACAAGACGUUGCCACGUUCGAGCUCCAUGGCAGCUGGCCUCGAACGUAACGGCCGCAUGCGGGUCAAGGCCAUUUUCUCCCACGCUGCCGGAGACAACAGCACUCUGCUGAGCUUCAAGGAGGGCGACCUCAUCACGCUGCUCGUGCCCGAGGCCCGUGAUGGCUGGCACUACGGCGAGAGUGAGAAGACCAAGAUGCGGGGCUGGUUUCCCUUCUCCUACACUCGGGUCCUGGACAGCGACGGAAGUGACAGGUUGCACAUGAGCCUGCAGCAGGGCAAGAGCAGCAGCACAGGCAACCUUCUGGACAAGGAUGACCUGGCCAUCCCUCCCCCCGACUACGGCACAUCCUCCCGGGCCUUCCCCACACAGACGGCUGGGACUUUCAAGCAGAGACCCUACAGUGUGGCGGUUCCUGCCUUCUCUCAGGGUCUGGAUGACUACGGGGCGCGGUCGGUGAGCAGUGGCAGUGGCACGCUGGUGUCCACAGUGUGAGGACGCUGACCCUGGGCAGCUGCUCUGAAGAGCUCUUCCCCGUCUCCUCCGGUUUCCCUCCUCAGCUCUCGUUGGUUUGUUCCCGGGUUGUUUUCUUUCCCACACGCUCCUGCCUUUUGGUUGGUGAUCCCAGACUCUGAAAUCCCCCAGGGUCCAUGGUGCUGCUCCCUGCGCCCCCUGUGCUCAUGCCCCCAACAGGUGUCCCUAGUCUUGAGAAUUAACUGCCAGGCGGGGCCUGCUGGCUGGGUGGCAAAGCAGUGCCCUCACCCGCUGCCCUAGCCCCGUGGUGUUCACGAUGCACAUCCCUUUUGUAAGGCUGGCCAUGAGCCAGGUCUAGAGUUUGAAGAAAAAGAAAAAUCUUUAAAAAAAAAAAAAAAAAAAAAAAAAGAAAGAAAGAAAGAAAAAAAUGAAAAAAAAGAAAAACAGGAAAAAAGGACUAUUUUUUUCCUAAAAACAAAAACAGAUAUGCAUGGACUCCGGUGUACGUACUGUUACUCUGCAUCUGACUGCCAGAGUACUGGCGUCUUCUAGGACAGGAAGGGGCUCAGGGCCCUGGGGGCUCAG